UGACGCAGAGAGAUCAUUUGAUUAACAAAGAAGUCUGAAUGCAGCAUAGCCUCAAAAAUAGGUGUGUAUCUUAAUCUCAUUUGUGUAAACCAGAAAUUUACAAAAGGGAAAAAACUAAACACCCUCCUCUUAAGUGGAACAAAGCAUUCAAACUCAACCACUUUGCUGAAGGACUCCUGACAAUCUACUUAACUUUGCACGAUGGAUGAGCUAGAUGAGACUCAGCUGAAGAAUCAUGUGGACAGUCUGAAGCAGCAGCUACAGUUUAACAGAGAGAAAACAUCUGUCACGAUUCCAGAGUUAACUAAAUGGAUCGAGGAGAAAAUGAACGAGGAUCCAUUUCUGAAUCCAGAUGUACUGAAGGACAACCCGUGGGUGGAGUCAAGUAAAUGUGUGAUAAUAUAGCGCAGGAGCUGUCACUCAUCACUAUGGC